CCCUUCCUCUUCCCCUGCUCUGGCUCUGGUAUCCCCCCCGACGCGACGCCGCGGAUCUAAUUACAGCCGCCGCCGUGGCCGUGCCAUACCUUAGCCUCAAUCCGACCUCUCGGGGGCGUGGGCCGCCGCCGACGCCCCAGUCCGGCCUCCAUCAUCACUGCCGCCAUCGCCGUUCCCCUUUUUCCUCAGCCGCCGGGACAUCCAGCUGCCCCGUCCAGUGUUUGGCCGUUGGGUCUCCUUCCAUACUUCCGUCCUCUGAGGUCGGACAUACAUCUAGAUCUGCCGCCCCUGUAUUACCAUGGAGACUGUACAUAGUACAUGAAUCAAGGCGGUGGCACGACGGCUACUGCUUGCCCGGUUCCAUCUCGGAGUAACCAGACCCCCUCCGGAUUCCUCUUCGUGUUCUAUUCGGACCUCCCCUGCCCUUCCUUUUUUCAAUAAAGACGACAGCUUUGCCUCAUGGCGUACUCUGUUCCGACCUUAUUAUUAUCGUCCAUGGAGCAGAAUAAUGUGCGCCACCGCUGCAAGCCACAAGAGGAAGAUAGGCUGGGCGCCCUGACUGACGACAUCCUGCUCCAUCUUGGGGAGUGUGGACCUUGCGACGGCCGCAAGGACCAGCGCCCUGUCGACGCGCUGGAGGAGCCUGCCAUGGCUGCUCCCCGAGCUUAACCUCCAUGUCAGGGAUUUCCUGCCCGUGCCAUGCCCAGAUUACCCUGUUGCUGCUGCUCUACGGAUUUUUUUUAUUCUAAAAUACCAGCGCAACACAUAAAUCAAGCAAUGGCGUCCCUGACCAGAGCUGCUAGGAGUUUCUUGCGCACCAAACACAGCGGAACCGUCACAAAAAUGUCCCUUGAGAUCUACCUCGUUGGCAACUACUCGCAUGAUAUUGGCCCGCUGGUCCGUGACGCCAUCGACAACGGCACGGUAAGAGAGCUGGACCUCACCAUUGCCGACGACAAGGAUUUCAGGUGCAAACAUGCAGAUAUGCUGCAGAAAGCACGGGUCGUGGACGGGUUCUUCAGCACGUAUCCUAAUGUGCUCCCUUGCCUCACGAGGCUCCACCUCUACAACCUGCGCUUCGCCGAGGGGGACAUGCUGCACCGCACGCUGUUCGACUGCUGCAAGCAGCUGCAGCACCUCAGCCUGGACCACUGCGACGCCGGCGACGGCUCGGUGUGGCAGAUAGACGCACCGAGUUCGGGGCUCAGGGUUCUUGAGCUCCGCUAUUCCUACUUGAAGAGGCUCGAGGUGCGCUGCCUUCCCAAACUAGAGCUGCUCCGUUGGGAGGUCUGGCUGCACAAUGAGACCCCCUUGCAUUUUGGUUCUGUGCCGUGUCUCAAGGAGUUAUUCCUCCUAUGUGGUGCAGACAUUGACCACCCGGGGUUUAGUUUAAGCCAGCUUCUAGAUGGUGCCACAGACAUCCAUACCCUGACCUUAAACUUCCAAGGAGAAAAGCUUUGGAUCCAGCCUGAAAGCAGGCAACUCCGUGCUGCAUUCAGCAAGCUAAGGAAGCUGUCUAUUUAUGGCAUAUAUGUUGAGUUUGACCUGUUAUGGACAAUAAAUCUCCUUGAAGCUGCUCCAACCGUGGAGGUAUUUGAGGUUGAGGCGUUUGAACAUCCAUGUUCCGUACCAUUUUGGGCACGUGUUGGCCUUCAAAGCUCCAAAGCAGCUUAUGAUGGGUCGUGCUCCAAAGCUGGAGACUGUUCUUUUGAUGGAAAAUGAAGAGCCAUGCAAGAAGUGUAAGGCAAUGGGUGCACUACCUACUCCUGUAGGAGGUUUGUUUCCAAGGAGCAAAGAUGAGCAAGAGGCCAUAGCCAAGCAGCUUAGGGACAAGAGGAUCGUCUCCUCGUCCUCGGCGGCGAAGAUAGUUUUCAAAAGUAUUGCUUCAACAGUGGUAUUCUGAAUACAAGAACCCGAAUGCAGGUGCAAGUAGUAAAACGAAAAUGUAAUAGACGCCAAGGCAAGGCUUUUUAGUUGUUUGCUUAAAGGAGGAGAACUGGUAUGUAAUUUUUUGCUGUUGUGGCAGCGUGUGGGGCGGUCAUGACCAUCCUAUCUUGUAUCCUUGAUUCUCUAUUUUGGAUUUUUUGGUGUCAAAUGACCUAAUCUAUGCUGCCACGUGCUGUUUGUGGGGGAUU